UCAGCUACGGCUGUUCCAACACCGAAGUCCGAAACUCCAAAACCGUGAUCUACAUUUUAUCGUAAAAAUUUUGAUUAGGUUGUAAGUACGAGUUUUUAUUUAUCCGAUCGACGGCAGAAAAUCCCUUUUUUCAGGAACGUCCAACCACGUAAAGACAGACUAUUACCAUGGCAAUCACAAAAGUACUCUACCAAACAAUUUUGAGGAGGCCAUCUCGCUUCUUUGUCGUAAUAGCAGUUGGAUCUCUGUUCUUUGAAAGAACACUGGAUAUCGGUAUUGAAAACUUAUUUGAUAAAAUGAACCGCGGUAAACAAUGGAAAGACAUUGCCGACAAAUAUGUUUGAACAGGACAACAUAAACAUUUUUGGUCAUAGCUAUGUAGAACUAUCAAUACCUGUCAAUAUAAUAUAAUACCUUAAAAGUGUACAAUUGAAUAUAAAUGUCUUGAAAAUAGAAUUAAGUAAUGAGAUAUUAAAA